AGCGCACCGGACCUCGGCGCCGCCGGGAACCGCACUGGGCAUGCUCGGCUCUCGCCGGCUCUGGCGCCCGUAGGUGGGAAGCUCCGGCUCCCGGCGGCGGGGCUGUCGUAACCCGCAUCGAGAAGAGGCGCGGGCGGCGGAGGAGGUUGGUACACGCUUGGUGCUGCAGAGCUCCCGGGGUGGCCAUGGCGAGAGGCGCACGGCGACCACCAGAGUGGCGCAGCGGUGUCAGAUUCUUGAUCAAGUACCAACUCCAUGGAUCCAGGACAGGUUUGUCCCAUGGCCUGCUCUGAACAGUGUAAGGUCUGAUAGAAGAUUCCAUCGGCAAACCAUCUCUGGCCUUACGGAACAAGCAAAGAAGAUGGGUCUUCGGAAGAGCCAUCUGACUGUGUGUUUACCACCUUCUGUGCCCUUUUUAAUCCUAGUAUCCGCUCUAGCCACUGCGAAGAGUGUGACCAACAGCACUUUAAAUGGCACUGAUGUGGUCUUGGGCUCUGUGCCCGUAAUCAUUGCCAGAACUGACCAUAUCAUAGUCAAAGAGGGGAACAGUGCCUUGAUUAAUUGCAGCGCUUAUGGCAUUCCUGACCUAGAAUUUAAGUGGUACAAUUCUGUUGGCAAGCUGCUGAGAGAAACCGACGACGAGAAGGAGCGAGGAGGAGGAAAAUGGCAAAUGCUGGAUGGUGGCCUCCUGAACAUCACCAAGGUGUCUUUCUCUGACAGAGGUAAAUACACAUGUGUGGCGUCUAACAUCUAUGGCACUAUAAACAACACGGUGACCCUGAGGGUCAUCUUUACCUCUGGAGACAUGGGUGUGUACUAUAUGGUUGUGUGCCUCGUAGCCUUCACCGUUGUCAUGAUCCUCAACAUCACCCGCCUGUGUAUGAUGAGCAGCCACCUGAAGAAGACGGAGAAAGCCAUCAAUGAGUUCUUUAGGACAGAAGGUGCAGAGAAGCUGCAGAAGGCUUUUGAGAUUGCUAAACGCAUCCCCAUCAUAACCUCAGCUAAAACUCUAGAGCUUGCCAAAGUAACUCAGUUCAAAACCAUGGAAUUUGCUAGAUACAUCGAAGAGCUUGCCAGGAGCGUGCCCCUGCCUCCCCUCAUCAUGAACUGCAGGACGAUCAUGGAGGAGAUCAUGGAAGUGGUCGGGCUGGAGGAGCAGGGGCAGAAUUUUGUGAGGCAUACCCCGGAAGGCCAGGAAGCCCCAGAUAGGGAUGAGGUGUACACAAUCCCCAACUCUCUGAAGCGAAGUGAGUCUCCCACCGCUGACUCAGAUGGUUCAUCAUUGCAUGAACAGCCUCAGCAGAUUGCCAUCAAGGUCUCGGUUCACCCCCAGUCCAAAAAGGACCACGUGGAUGACCAGGAGGGAGGACACUUUGAGGUCAAAGAUGAAGAUGAGACAGAACCAUCGGAGGAACAUUCCCCAGAGACUGCAGAGCCUUCUACAGACAUAACAACCACAGAGCUGACAUCUGAAGAGACGUCACCUGUAGAGGCACCAGAUCAAGGACUGCCACCAGCACACCUAGAAACAACAGAGCCAGCAGUGACAUGUGACAGAAACACCUGCAUUAUUUAUGAAAGCCAUGUCUAAUCUUAACUCCGAAAAGCUAUGCAUAUCAAGAAAAUCAGGGGCUGCUCCUUAAUACAAAUGUAGUAUGCACUUGCCGCUAAGCCUUACCAGGAGACGCGCAUCCCUUAGGUAAGAGUGAUGCCCCCUCGAGAGGGAAGACACCUGCACGGAGUUCAUGUGACUGGAAUCACCUCAGUAGAAAAGGAUCUGCAGAGUGCUGGGGUACAGAACUGAUAAGAUGGAGCAAGGGUCUGUCCAUGUGAUCUGAAAUGUAGAGGCCAUUCUCUGCCAAAUUCCUUAAUAGUGAUGCCCUUUUGGCCAAGAGUACACUAUUGUUGUAAGAUGUUCUGUGUUCAGGAGCCCUGUCUAAUGCGUACUGCAUUGCUUUUCCUUUGAAAAUUACAGGUCUGCUACAGUAGCAAAUGCUCACACAUGGGUUCAUUGCACUUUCUUCUCAGUUUUAAUUAUCUUCGCCAUUCUUUUCUAAUGGAGAAAAUUAAUAUAAUGGUUAUUAUAUUAAUAUUAAUUGCUCUUUCUGCUGGAAUCUUCUGUGUUACCUUCUUCCUUAUUUUCCCUGAGUAGGUUGACUUUGGAGUCUUGGGUGUCAGUCACUGACACCAUUGAUAUCUGUAAGGCAUGUGGAAUGCUCCAAAGUAAUUACUACACUCCUUUUUCUUUCCUCUAAUUUUCUCUUUAAAAUAUAUUAAUAACCUCACACCUACUUUUCAUAUACUUUUUGUUUCCAAAUGAAGCUGCUAUUGUGAAACUGAGAAAAACUUUGCCCCCCAGAUAGCACUUUAAGAGUCAAAUAAAAACGUUUACCUGCCCAGUUCUGAGAGCAUGGAGCUGCGGUAUACAGCAAGAUUGUAAAUGCUUAGAUAGACCAAUAGCACUCAUGAAAAUGGUUUACAUGUAAGUGUAAGACCAAAUGAAGGCAGGUUGUUUCUCUGGGAGAUUUACUUCCAAAGACAGAGAUGUUUGGUGAUUUCCUGCAGGUAAAACACGUCACCUUCCCAUGAGGCCUUGCAGGACCCAUAGGGUAUUGUCAGCUCCACAGUAGAUUUAAGACAGCAGCUAAUGGCUCCAUGAGCAGUAUAACCAGGUCCCUGUUAGACUGCAUACUUGUUAGUCAUUGCAAGAUGAGAAAAAUAACAGAGAUGGUUUUUAUCCUGAAAUGAUUGAAUUCUUUGUCCCACUAAAAUGCAGUAUGUGUAAGGCAUCUUGAGAUUAGAGAAAAAAAAAGACAAACCAGCCAUCCAGAGGUUUAAUACUUGACUGUGCCAAUAACCAGCUGCCAAGCUUUUGGCAAGGCUGGGCCUCAGUUUUCUUCUCUGUAAGACAGGGCAAACUAGAAUGAACUCUGAGAGCACCCCCACCCACCCACCCAAUGGCAUCACAUUCAGAAAAAGAACCCAAUAUUAACAUUUUGCCUCUUUUUACAGUUGUUUGAAAGAUUUUUUGCUUUCAUCUCCAGGCAAUUGAGCCAGUUUUAAUGCUGUAUUACUUACUCAAAUGAGAAGGAUCACAGCAUUUUCAACAAAAUCGAGAAUUGUUCCCCUCCAAAAAUAAAUCACAAGGCCCUCUUCUCCAAUUUAGGUUUAAUCUCAGUAAAAAUGAUGAGUGCUGUUAUUCUAUUUUUAAAUACAAACAAGGGAGACUGAAACUUUAAAACAGGCAUCAGAGGCCACAUAGUGUGUGAUGGGGUUGGGACGUCAGAGACUGCUUGGGUUGUCAAAACAAACCCAGAUGUUUAAUGACUAUGUGAUCGCCAUCCGAGAAAGUGACCACUGAGGUACUGGUCUUUUUCAUCUGAGUGGGAAUAAAGGGUGGCAGCAACAGUCAGCAGAGGAGGUCAUCCCUUGGAGCUCCCUCAGAAUUUCAUGGAAAGUCUUCAAAUUGUAAUAAUCCUUUUAAGUCAAUGGGAACAAAAGUGGGUACAAUUAGGUGAAGGGUGUGUGUGUGUGUGUGUGUGUGUGUGUGUGUGUGUGUGUGUGUGUGUGUGUGUGAUCUGCAUUCUAUAGUAGGAUUGUCUGCAGAAGUGACCAGGACAAGGUUACAGACAAUUAAUGUGGAAAUCAAUCUGACAAGACUUGGAAUUUGAUCCAUAUUUACCCUUUAUGAGAAAUUCCUAGUUGAAAUGUCCUAUGGGUCACCUAAAGAAACCUAUAGCCUGCAGACAUAAGAAGCCAUGGCUUCUUUUUGGGCUCCCCAGAGGGGGAUUUCAUACAGUCACAUUGAAGGAAAGUUUUAUUCCCAGCUCUUAGAAUAUACAGAGUCCAUGAUUUUCAUGAAGAUUGACAAAUACUUUGAUAUAUCUGCCCAGUGUACCAACAGGGACUAACUAUUGAAUGUUUUGUGAUGAUAAGUGAACUCUAUUCUAUUCAUUUCUCAAUCCAUCCAAACCCAUGUGCAGAAUUCCUUGUGGAAACUACAGGGCAGGGUACCCAUUCCACACCAAUACUGAUUUAGGAAAAUAAGCUGAAGGAGGCUGACUUAUUAUGAAACAAGAUACAUGGCCAAAGAAUGUUUCCAGAUUGAUCUGGAUUCUUUAGCCUGCAGUGGGAUGGAGAGUAAGGGGAUGAUUUUCAAACCUCCCUUUUUUAAGGCAUCAACUGUUCUUGGGAUAUGAAUCUCCUGCCUUAAAGGGAGCUUAGCUUCAUAUGGAAUUUCUCUAUCCAGAUUCUAUGCUCUGGAUCUCCCUCUGCAGAGCCUUCCAAAAUGAGAGUAUAUGAAAUGUGGACAAUCUCAUAACAACUCAGCCGAUAGUUUUCCCCCCCAAAGUGAACCUUUCACAUUCUUAGAAUUAUUCAUGGAAUCCUGUUGAACACGCGCACACACACACACACACACACACACGUGCAUGCAUGCACACACAUGUGCAACAGACUCAUUCUGGCAGUUUUAAAAGUGUAACAUUCAAUCCCAGCACUCAACGUUCAAUCCCAAUCUUUGGAUCUGCUGUAGUCAUUCUUUAAAAAAAAAAAAAUAUAAAUCAAUUUCUAGUUUCUGACUCAUCCUGCUUAUACCUCUAGCAAUUUUUUUCUUGAAAUUCUAAAAAUGAUUCACAUACAUAUGCAUAUUUAAUUCUCUUAGAUAAUCUAUAAACUUGGAUGGUAUUUAUUCUGAAUGGGAAAAAAAUACCCAAAAUUUUAUAUGUGGAAAAAAAUCUAUGUAAUUUAUAAUGGUUUGUUUUAUAUAUUUAUAUUUUCAUAUCUUUAGGGCACAUCUGUUGUUCUCAUCUUUUUGUACAUCACAGUUGGCAAAAAGAAAUACUAAUACUUGACUAAAAUCUCUAGGAACCAAAUGUGAUAUAUGUCAUACAUAAUGUAUAUAAAUUGCUCUAGAAAUAUCUGAUUGUUUCCACCCAAGCCAAGCAUUGUUUUGUUGUGUCAUUACGGCCAAGAAUGUCUUGGGUGCUUAAAAACAUUACUUUUUCAGGAGGAAGAUUGAAGGGCCUGACAUCCUACACAGUGGCUCUCGGACUCUCUUUCCCUUCCUUAUCUUGUUUGUCCGUUCUUUAACGAUGCGCAUCCUUCUAAAGGGCAAAUGAGAGCCGGUGAGAUCUCAAGAGGAAUGAAUCUAGUUAUGGCUUAUGUAAAUCACAUCAACAGGUGAGGGCAUGCUUCAGAUCCUAGGCUCAGGCCGCCACUCACCGGCAAUGCGACAUCUGCUCAGUUCUGUUGCACACAAAGGGUAGGGCAUGAGGAAUGAAUGCUUGCAUGUUUUGAACAGGCGCGGUGGACAUUUAGUGCAGCCACUGCUUGGUGACAUGGGGAUACCCAUGUGGCACUGGAAGAAAUGUUCUAGAAAGUCAAAUCAGUUACCUUUUCUUACAUAGUUUGAAGUAGUAUGUUUAUUCCUGUGUCGGAAUUUUUAAUGGAAGUCCCAGUGGUGACAUGGACUAGGAAGUUCCUUCCAGUGUUUUCAUUUGGUAAGCAAUGGAGCAUCAGAGUCUCUUUAAAACAAUAUUUUCUCAUAUUCAACUGAUUUCCUCCACAUGUCUUAGCACAUCCUCUCAGAAACCUCAAAAGUAAUUUCUGUUGCUAUUGUUGUCUCUUAAACACUUAGGGUUAGUCUUUAAAUAUCACUCAAACUCCAUUAUAUAUUUACAGAUACACACAUAGUUUUGAACAUCUAUUAAAUUUAAGAUCUUGAUUUUACACUUCACCAAUAAAGCCUUCAAACCAAUAACAAAGUUCAUUUUAUUAAUGACCUUUUUAUGAUUUCUUCAGAGAUUAACAGGUUUUGAUGAAACAAAUCAUUUGUGGGUAAAAUAGUAAAUAAUUAUUUAUUAUAAUUUCCAAAAGACUAAGUGUUUGAUUAUUAUAUGAGAAAAUCUCAUGUAAGAAGGAUGCUCUUUGAAUGACUUUUCUUUUCUUUAAAAUGGGCAUGUAAAGGGGCUAGCUCUGAGAAUUCUACAAUCACUAAAGGUAGCUAGAAUAAAGCUAGAAAGUAAAUUAUUCUAAGAACAUUAUGGAAAAAAAUAAUUUUAUUAUUUAACCAAUUAUAAAAGCCUCAAAAUGUAUCUCUCAUACUACAGAACCAUGAACAGUGAGUUGGUGUCAGAGAAUAUGUUCGCAUCUAUUUUUGGUUUACUGUGCUUCCCUAGUUCUGAGCAUUCAUUUGUUAAACUGGAAAUGAGAAAUGAGACGGAAGAUGUAUCAGGAAGAAAUAAGAAAUAAUUUAAAGGUGCAAACGAAUGACUAAGAUAGAAGCUGGUAUCACUGUAGUCUGAUUGUUGCUUUAAUAAAGGGUUUA